AUGCUGUCAAGGGAAGCAAGGCGUGAGAAAUUGAAAUUAUUGAAAGAAGCAAGAAGAACUGGUAGAAAUAUAAUUAUUGAUUCAGAUGAAGAUACAAAUUUAAAUGAAAUUUAUGAUGAAGUUGAUGAAGAAGCAUUUAGAGAACAUAAAAGAAAACAAUUAAUGGAGGAUGAUUUUAUAGUUGAUGAUAAUGGAGAAGGAUAUGUUGACAACGGAGCAGAUGAAUGGGAUGAUUCUUCAAGACCAAAUUAUUAUUCCGAUGAAGAUGAAGAAGUUUCAAGUAAGAAAAGAAAGAAGAAUUCUAAAGAUUCAAAACCAGUCAAAAUAGCUAAAACUGCUCCAAUUAAUAAUUUUUUCAAGACUUCAACUAGAAUAGAACCAAAUAAAAAAGUGGAUGCAAAUUUUGAUGAUAUUCUUGAUAAUUUUCAGGACAUAAAACCUCGAAAAAAUAAGACAUUUUCAAAACCAACCACAGAGGUAAAGAAGAAGAAACAAAAUACCUCAUUCACUUUUGCAACCAUGAAAAAAGAAAAGAGAACUCCUAAAUUUGACACUUUUAAUGCAUCAUCAGAUUACACGAUAGAUUUUGAUGAUUUUGAACAACCUUCAUCACCAAUUAAUACCACGAUAGAGACAGAACCAACAACAAUCACAACCAAAAAAGACGAAAUUCCAAAUUCAGAACCAGAUAAAGAAGAAGAAAAAAUAGAAUCCAGUGAUUCUGAAGACGAUGUUAUAUUUGCUAAAAGACCGAGAACUACUGCCGUGAAAAGAGAGAUAGAUACCAAGACAAUUACAUCUGUGAAAGCUAAUACGCUAUCAUCAUCACCUUCAAAACCAACAUAUGCUAAAUUUGCAAAUCAUACGGAUAAAUUAGAACAAGAAAAAAUAAGUGAUGAAUCAGGACUGUUUAAAAUGUUUUGGAUGGACUAUGCAGAAGUUGAAAACUCAUUAUUGUUAUUUGGUAAAAUUCAAACUAAAGAUGGGAGUUUAGUUUCAGGUGUUGUACAAAUUAAUGGUCUUUGUAGAGAAUUAUUCAUUUUACCAAGAAAAACUACUGCAGAUGGUGAAGAAGUUACGACAGAUGAUGUUCUUGAAGAAAUAACUCCAUUUUUUAUGGAUAAUUACAAAUUGGAUACUUUAAAAGCUAAGGCUGAAACAAAGAAGUAUGCUUUCGAAUUAGCCGACAUUCCUAAAGAAGCUGAGUAUUUGAAAGUAUUAUUACCAUAUAACACCAAUACAAAUAAACAGAUUUUACCAGCAGAUGCUGAAGGUACAACUUUUAAUCAUAUAUUUGGAACUAACACAAACAUGUUUGAAGCAUUUGUAACUCAAAGACGUAUAAUGGGUCCUUGCUGGUUGGAAAUUCAAGGCGGAGAUUUUGAUGCCAUUAAAAAUUCAACUCAUUGUCAAGUAGAAGUAGCGAUCAGUCUGCCUUCAAAAGUUUCUGGUAUAGAUAAAAAUCCACCACCAGCUCCAAAUUUAACUUGUACAUCAAUAUCUAUACAAACAGUAAUGAAUCCAAAACAUAACAAGCAAGAGAUUGUUUCAGUUUCAUUAUUAACAUAUUAUGAUUUACCACAAGAUGCACCAAUUCGUGAAGAUUUAAAACCAAAUGAUGUUCUUACAUUGGUAAGACCAGUUGGAUCAGUUUCAUUCCCACCAGGUUUGAGUCAAUUAGCACAGAAGGAUAAUUUUCAAUUAAAGAUGUGUCCUAAUGAAAAAGUAUUAUUAAACGCUUUAGCUGCAAAAAUCAAAACUUUAGAUCCAGAUAUUUUCAUUGGUCAUAGAUUAGAAAAUAUAUCAUUAGAUGUUUUAGUUCAUAGAAUGCAUGACAAUCAAGUAAUUACUUGGUCAGCAUUAGGUAGAAGAAGUCGAAAACAAUGGCCAACAUUAAUUAAUAAUAAUAGAAAAGGUUUUAAUAACAAUUUAUUGAUCAGAGAAGUAUUUAGAGGUAGAUUAUUAUGUGAUAUUGGAAAUGAAAUGGGUCAAUCAUUAACAAUGAAAUGUCAAUCCUGGGAUUUAACAGAAAUGUAUGAUAUUGUUUGCCAUAAAAAUCAUACACCAUUGGAGAUCAAUUAUCAGAAUUCAAAAUUCUCAGAAGAUGCUACAUUAUUAUACCUUGCUUUGAAAGAAAAUGAGUUUAAUGGUAAAAUCACUGGUGAAAUAGCAUUUGCAAUUCAAAUUCUUUCAUUAUCAAAACAAUUAACUAAUAUAGCUGGUAAUGCUUGGUCUCAUACUUUAAGUGGUACAAGAGCUGGUAGAAAUGAGUUUAUUUUAUUACAUGAAUUUAAAAAAAAUAACUACAUCGUACCAGAUAAAGCUGAUAGCAUACACAAAAAUGCAACUUAUGAACAACAAGCUAAAUUAGAAAAUGUGGAAGAAGAUGUUCAAACUACAACUUCUAACAAGAAACCUAAAUAUCAAGGUGGGUUAGUGUUUGACCCGGAAAAAGGUUUACAUAAAAAUUAUGUAUUGGUAAUGGAUUUCAAUUCUUUAUAUCCGAGUAUUAUUCAAGAAUAUAAUAUUUGUUUCACUACAGUUAAUAGGGAUCGUUUCAAUAGAACUAUGGAUGAAGAUAAAGAUAUGCCUAUGUUACCAGAUAAUGAAUCAGAUGUAGGAGUUUUGCCAAGGUUAUUGAAUACAUUAGUUACACGUCGUCGUGAAGUUAAAAAAUUAUUAAAAGAUCCUAAAAAUACUCCAUUUCAAAAUGCUCAAUAUGAUAUUAAACAACAAGCUUUGAAAUUAACUGCAAAUUCCAUGUAUGGUUGUUUAGGUUAUGUCAAUUCCAGAUUUUAUGCAAAACCUUUAGCUAUGUUGGUUACUAAUAAAGGUAGAGAAAUUUUAAUGGAUACUAGACAACUUGCGGAAACUUCAAGUCUAAGAGUUGUAUAUGGUGAUACAGAUUCUGUUAUGAUUGAUACUGGUGCAAACAAUUUAAAAGAUGCUAUAAAAAUCGGAGAAGAAUUCAAAAUCCAAGUAAAUGAAAGAUAUAAAUUAUUGGAAAUUGAUAUUGACAAUGUUUUCAAAAGAUUAUUAUUACAUGCUAAAAAGAAAUAUGCUGCAAUGAAUGUUUCGAUAAAUAAAUCAAAUGGAGAGGAAAUUUCAAAUUUAGAAGUAAAAGGUUUAGAUAUGAGACGAAGAGAAUACUGUCAACUUUCAAAAGAUAUAUCAACAUUUGUAUUAAUGAAAGUCUUAUCAGAUUCAGAUCCCGAAGAAGCAUUAAUGGAAAUUUAUACAUACCUAGAGGAAAUGAGAGAUAAAAUUAAAUCAAAUGAAAUUGUUGUUGAUAAAUUUAAAAUUAAUACAAAAUUAUCAAAAGAUCCAUCUAAUUAUCCAAAUGGUAAAUCUAUGCCUCAAGUUCAAGUUGCAUUAAGAUUAAAAGAUCAAGGUAAAGUUAUAAAAGCAGGGAGUGUGAUAACUUAUGUAAUAACAUCACCAUCUGAUGAAACUGAUAAAUCAACAGUUGCAGAAAGAGCAAGAGCCAUACAAGAAAUGUAUCAAAAGAAUUUGAAUUUGACACCAGAUUCAUCUUAUUACUUAGAAAAACAAAUAUUUGCACCAGUUGAAAGAUUGUUAGAAAGAAUUGAAUCAAUUGAUAUGAUGAGAGUUGCAACUUCUUUAGGUAUUGAUAGUAAAAGAUAUAUUUUAAGAGUUAAAAAUGGUGAAGGUAUUAAUGGAGAAAUAUUACCAAUUGAAUCAAACAUUUCUGAUUCUGAAAGAUUUAGACAAUCAAGCUAUUUAGUUUUAACAUGUAAAUGUGGUCAUAAAUUUAGAUUUGGCGGUAUACAAGCAUCAAAGGAUUAUAAAGUUACUUUUAAUGGUAUCAAUUGUAAUAAAUGUGAUUUUACAUUCCCCAUAUUAAAAUUGACUGCACAAUUAGAAACAACGAUUAGAAAACAUAUAACAUUAUAUUACUCAGGAUGGUUAACAUGUGAUGAUAAUUCUUGUGGUAUAAUAACAAGACAAAUCUCAGUUUAUGGUAAAAAGUGUAUUGGAGCUUCAGGAAAAGGUUUAGACUGUAAAGGUAUAAUGAAAUAUCGUUAUUCAGAUAAAGCUUUAUAUAAUCAAUUAUUAUAUUUUAAUUCAAUAUUUGAUGUGGAAAAAACUAAGAACGGGAAAUUAAGACCAAUAAUUGAUGCAUUAGAAAAUGAUAAUAAGAAAGAUGAUGAAAUAAUAAAAUUAGCUUCAGGUCAAGUUGAUGCAUUAGCUGAGCAAAAUAAAGAAAUGUUUGGUUACUGUCAAGAUGUUGUAAACAAAUACCUUGGUGAAUGUGGUAGACGUUAUGUUAACAUGGGUUCAAUUUUUGAUUUCAUGACUAUAUAG